UACAUCAUGAGUCUACUUUAGUGGUUUCCGAUGAAUCUGGUGUUCUUCUCAUAAUAUAAAAAACUGACGCACCUACUGCUGUAAAGUGGUUUGCUGUACACAGAGAUUAACAUAUACAUUUCAUAACAGUGAAGAAAAGUAUACAACUGAAACAAGAAAUACCUGGCUUUGGAAGGAGCCGGUCAGGAGGUUGGGCGAUCGUGUAUUAUGUUGGAGUUUAAAGGAAAAAAGAUUAUGCUCGACUGUGGUAUUCACCCGGGAUUGUCUGGAAUGGAUGCUUUACCAUUUGUGGAUCUUGUUGAAGCAGAUGAGAUAGAUUUGUUGCUUAUAUCACAUUUUCAUCUUGACCACUGUGGUGCUUUGCCCUGGUUCCUACAGAAAACAAGUUUCAAGGGACGUUGUUUCAUGACUCAUGCAACGAAGGCUAUUUAUCGGUGGCUUCUGUCAGAUUACAUCAAAGUCAGCAACAUAGCGACAGAGCAGAUGCUAUACAUGGAGGCUGAUCUUGAAAGUAGCAUGGAUAAGAUUGAGACUAUAAACUUCCAUGAAGAGAAGGAUGUGUUUGGGAUCAAGUUUUGGGCAUACAAUGCCGGACAUGUCCUGGGAGCUGCCAUGUUCAUGAUUGAAAUUGCAGGAGUUAAGAUUUUAUACACUGGUGACUUCUCUCGGCAAGAGGAUAGACAUCUGAUGGCAGCUGAAAUACCAAAUGUUCAUCCAGAUGUCUUGAUCACGGAAUCUACAUAUGGAACUCACAUUCAUGAAAAGCGCGAAGAGCGUGAAAGCCGGUUUACUGCCCUGGUCCACGACAUUGUGAACCGUGGGGGAAGGUGCUUGAUCCCAGUUUUUGCACUGGGGAGGGCACAGGAGUUGCUGCUAAUACUGGAUGAGUAUUGGAGUCAGCAUCCAGAACUGCAUGACAUUCCAAUCUAUUAUGCAUCUUCUCUGGCAAAGAAGUGCAUGGCUGUGUAUCAGACCUAUGUGAAUGCUAUGAAUGAUAAGAUUCGACGACAGAUUGCAAUCAAUAAUCCAUUUGUGUUCAGGCACAUUUCUAACCUGAAGGGUAUUGACCACUUUGAGGACAUAGGGCCAUGUGUGGUGAUGGCAUCACCUGGCAUGAUGCAGAGUGGGCUGUCACGAGAGCUGUUUGAGUCCUGGUGCACAGAUUCAAAGAAUGGUGUGAUUAUUGCUGGUUACUGUGUGGAAGGCACACUGGCCAAGACGAUCCUGUCUGAGCCUGAAGAAAUCACUACAAUGUCUGGGCAAAAGCUGCCUCUCAAAAUGUCUGUGGACUAUAUUUCAUUCUCAGCUCAUACUGACUAUCAGCAGACCAGUGAAUUCAUUAGAAUCCUGAAGCCUCCACACGUGGUACUGGUGCAUGGGGAACAGAAUGAAAUGAAUCGCUUGAAGGCUGCCCUCCAGCGAGAGUAUGAAGAUGAUCCCAACACCAAGAUGGAGCUGCACAACCCACGCAACACAGUUGCUGUGGAGCUCUACUUCAGAGGAGAGAAGACUGCCAAGGUGAUGGGGACACUGGCCAUGGAGAAACCGAGGCCAGGACACAAAUUAUCUGGAAUUUUGGUCAAGAGGAACUUCAAUUAUCACAUGCUGGCUGCAUGUGAUCUCUCUAAGUACACAGACAUGAGCAUGAGUCAGGUGAUGCAGCGGCAGAGUAUCCACUACUCUGGAGCCGUGCCGGUGCUGCGACAUCUGCUGGCGCAAGUUGCUGGCAAUGUAGAAGUGUUGGAGGAGAAGAAGUUGCGAAUCUUUCAGAAUGUAGACCUCACACUGGACAACAACAUCGUCACACUGGAGUGGAUAGCAACCCCUGUGAAUGACAUGUAUGCUGAUGCUGUACUUGCUGCUGUGAUGCAGGCAGAGAUGCUGGAUUCAACACCCUCAUUCUUCCCAGUUCAAGCUAAGAUGGAUCGCAUGCAUUUCAAGGAAUGUCUGAUAGAAAUGCUGCAGGAAAUGUUUGGUGAAGAUUCUGUUCCUAAGAUAUUUAAGGGUGAGAAGUUGUAUGUCACUGUGGAUGGGAAGAAAGCAAACAUUGACCUCCUGAAUUUGGAGGUUUGCUGUGAGGAGGAUGAGGCAUUCCAGCAGAUUGUACAGACAGCUGUAACCAAACUAUACCAUUCCCUUGCUCCUCCUCGAACAGAAUGAAGCCAUGUUUACCAAAAGGAAUUCUGCAACUAUUUAUUUUGCUAAAUUUCAUUAUAAGCAUAAGAACCAGUUCAACACCAACUGAAUUUAUAGAUUUUUUGUUUCAUUAUCGCAUUAAGACUGUGAAUACACAAUUGUACAAGUGCAGCCAUUAUUUGCACACCUAUGUGUUUUAAUUAAAUAUUGAAUGAGAACUGUGUUUACAUUA